UGGCAACACAGACGGAGUGGCAGAUAGUGAUGGAUGAAGCUCGGGAGGUGCAUGGUCAAAAGAGGUACAGAUAGAAGAGUAAAACAGGUUCCACAAGCUGUGAUGUCAUGACUGACACCAACAUGGGAAGUGUUUGUGUUCGCUGAGGUUUUUCAUUUGUCUACGCCCGGGUUGUCUCUGUCUUCACCACCAGCAUCCUGUUUCAUUUGAUGAUCUCCUGAUGGACCCUCCGUCCUACGAUGAGGCCAAUCUACACCCUCCUGCUCUGAGCCCUGAUGCACUCAACAUCCCCCCUCCCCCUUCCUACGAUGCCUCGCUUGCAUCUCCACCCACGCCUCCUCCCACCUACAGAGAAGCAGUUACCGUGCAGCCGGAUCCGUUCCCUGUCCUGGCUCCGCCCACAGUGACAACGGCUGUAACCUCAGUGCCACAGCAGCCUGGAUACAUCAUCCAUCAUUCAACACAAAUUGGCAUAACAGAGACAGUGCAGACCAGGCCGGCCCCGACAGUGGUGGUGGUCCAGCCGCAGGCCGUCUCUGCGCUGGGAGAGAGCCCCGGUGUCAUACAGUGCCCCUACUGUCACCAGAUUGUCACGACUAAAGUUGCAUACAUUCCUGGGAGGGCUGCCUGGUGCAUGUGUUUACUCUUCACAUUGACGGGGUUGGUCUGCGGCUGCUGUCUGAUUCCAUUCAUGAUGCAUGGUGUCCAAGACGUACAUCACUCCUGCCCACAAUGCAAUAACCACCUGCAUAUUUACGCCCGAUGAACCCAUAAGCAUAAAGAAGACGCUCUUUCCAAUCUAAUCACGUUAUUAUUACUGCCACUCCAGUCUCAAGAGCGCAUCCCUGAGGCAUUCUUCAGUGCAGAUCUAUUGUUUUUUCAUGGUGUUACUAUAUUUGCGCCCAUCAAAAUGGACGAUUUUUGAUCUACAAACCAGGCAAAGUCAGACUUUUUGUACUUUUAGCCUAUAAUCCUGUGUUUUGAUGGGUGUUAAUUGUAGAGCACAACAAGGACAAGAGUGAUCAAAUACAUCCUUAUGUGCAUAAACUGGAAAACACCGUUUUAACACCCACUCAAAGCAUGUUUUUACCUCUUAACCCGUGCCAAAUGAUCCCUCUGUUGUGUGCAGCAUGCUCUGCACCACAUUGUACUGAGGAAUCUAUGACUGACAGUGUGACUGAUGCAAACAGACAGUGGGACAGAGGCGGGGACAUUUAUGAUGAAGACGAUGAUGUCCAAGCCACGGAUUUGAAGGCACUCAGGACAAACUGUAAUUUAGCAUCUUUUUCCUUUUUUUUUUGUGACU